AAGAGUGCACCUAAUUUUCAGAUGAAGAGAUUUUUCUGCAGCUAAAAAAUUCAAAUAUGGCAACAAAAAAAAAGGUUCUGGAGUCUGUCAGACAACCUCUGGGCCACCCUGCACAAGCAUGGCCAGGCAGGAACGAUCCUCUACAGCCGACCGAUAGCCUCCAUCAGAGGAAUCCUGGCCGUUAAUCACGCUCUGGCCCAGAGGUCAGAGUUCAUCAACCAGACUGAAGUGCUUGCCUCCUUAUUGGUAAAGGAUGCAGCGGUACGAGCCUAUAGAACAGAUCCUGUUCAAGCAAGGUCGUGCUACAACCUGCAGCGCCUCGCCUUAUAAACCGGCGCCGCUCCCUGCGAACUAGCGAGGUGGGACUAAUGCAAGGGAGCGCGCAGCAGCGCACCGCCUCCUCUCUCGGUCGCAGGCUCGUGGCAGCGUUGGCCCAUCCAGUUGGGCUGGAGAAAUAGACACAGCGCGGCCCAUCUGAGUGAGAUACGUAGACAGAGCUCAGCCCACAUGAGAUGUACCUGUUUCGUAUGGGGUUUUUCUUUCCUUGUUAGUUGCAAAAAUCUGCUCUCUUUUUUCUUUGCGUAAAAAAAAGGCUUUUCAUUUUCAUUCCCUGUGAUUUCGAAUUAAUUCGUUUUCUUUCGCAAAGAAGAUGGAGUUUUCUUUUUUGUUAAGUACCUGAGAAAUGUUUCUAGGGAAUACCUGAGAAACUUUGUUAAGUUGUUUUCCCAGUAUACUUGUAUUCUUUUGUUAGUUCGUAAUAAUACUAUUAAAUAAGUAUAAAAACACCCGGCCAUUACUUGCAAAACAUACCACCCAUGCAGCAUUUUCCGAAGUACAGUUAAACUGGUCCAGGGGAAAAGCUCCACAAGUCAUUAAUCCAACAGAAAAAAAACAUUGCAAAAGCGGCCAGCACACUGCCAGCUAAUAAAAAAGAACAAAAUUGAGUUCCGUACAUGAUAAUGAAGUAAAAAAGAGUUGCUAUAUGAUAAUAACCACAAAAAAAACAUGCGCUUCUUCUCUUUGCUGGCUCACUUCUUCAAAGUCCACUUUGUUGGCUAACUAAGCUUCUUGCUGCAGUUUCCGGCGAGGGCUGAUUCAAAGGGGGAUGAAUGAGCAGUUGAGCACUGAAAUUCCAUCAGGCAGGCAGUUUGUGACACCUGGCAACUUGGCAUCCUGCGACCGGGCCCCACGAGUAGGUGUGCGCGUAAGAGACUUGGGUUUAUAAGCUGCCCGCCUGUGGCAGCGAGCGAGAGCAUGCGUCAAGACUUGUCUGUAUUCUAUUCUCACCUAAUCCUUCCUCUGGAAAGCAGCUUCCUCCUCCCCAAGCCUCCUGCUUCUCUCUCUGAAAUCCUCACCUACCUCUCUAGUUCAGUGCUGAUCCCCUUCCUCUCUGGUUCGUUACACAGUUAUGGUUGUCUAGUCAUUGCACCGCGCCUCCUCCUUGGGUCAGCAUCAUAGAUGCAUGUGGUAGCACGGGGCUCGAAUUGAUCAGGGUCGUCGACAAGUCAGAAUUCUGCCUCAUGCCACCAACAGGAAAAAGUUGGUGCUGCGAUUUUAAUCCGGAGAAAGGCUCGCCAACUCCGCGCUUGGACCAGGUGAAGAGGAUGCAUGCACACGACGACGAUUCCCCGGUGCUGGCCUCCUGGAACUGGAUGGUCCACAGAAUUGACAUCAAACUAUCAGGAAAUCUGGUGUUCUCCUGUGAGCCAACCGCGUUGUGCUUCCUAAAUAGUAUCACUAUUUUCUGUACAAGCCUGAAAGUUGGGGUUGCAGUAGAUGACAGUUAGUAAUUCAGUAUUGUAGCCGUCACUCACAGAACUCACCACCUGUGGACAGUUGAUCUUCAAGUGGUUGGCAAAAUCAUUUGCUGAAGUUGGUCUCAGUGUUGUGUUGGAACUGCCUGUGCUGCUAAUCUUCAAAAGUUACUUUUGUUGGCUCAGUGCUGAUCAAAGGGGGUGAAUGAGCACUCAACUUCCCUUUUUCUUAGAAAGAUAUCCAACACACGCCACAAAAACAGCCACCUGUUCUUUCCGUCUUCAUCCUGAACUUAUGUUUUCUUCUUACAUACUCCCUCCGUCCCAAAAUAAGUGUCUUAACUCUAGUACAACUUUAGUAUAAAGUUGAGACAUUUAUUUUGGGACGGAGGGAGUAUAAGGCAUAUAAAAACUUACCCUCGGUUCUCAUCAGGCAGUAUUGAUUAUUUAUUCAUUGCGCCCGCGCCUUGAUGAAUCACUGGGACCUCUUGGAUUUCAGCAUCAUGGAUGCAUGGGAGUCUGGGGCCAGGUGCAGUUCAGCAGCAAAUUAAUCAGGGCCAACAAGUCCAGCACACGACAGUUUCAACAAAGGUGCAGGAGUGGUCAAAAUCCGGUCUGAGGUCACCAACAGGAAAAUGUUGGUGCUGCUACUACUACUUUAAUAUGGAGAAAGGCUUUGCGGACUCCGUAUUUGGAAAGGCAGAUCAAGUAGCUCUGAUGAUCUGUACAAAGGAAAGGAGGAGAGAGCGAAAAGAACCGCCCACAAGAAUCAACGCAAGGCAGCAGACCAUGCGGUGGAUGGGUACGCCGCUGCCACCGCGCCUCGUCGGAAUCAGAUGGCUUGUGCUUCUCCUGCUCUCUACCAUGGGGGAGACGCGCGCGGACGACGGCGAUGAGAGAGCUCUCCAAGCUUUCAAGGAAAGGAUUUCAGACCAUUCCGGGGCGCUGGCCUCCUGGAACCGGAGCAUCAGCUACUGCGCCUGGGAGGGCGUCACGUGCAGCCGGCGGCACAGGUCGAGGGUGGUCGCUCUGGACCUCAACUCCCAGGGGCUCGCCGGCACCAUCUCCCCUGCCAUCGGCAACCUCACAUUCCUCCAGAUGCUCAACUUAAGCUUCAAUCCCUUGUAUGGUGAGAUACCUCCCAGCAUCGGCUCCCUCCGCCGCCUCAAGUACCUUGGGCUGCAAGGGAACAUGAUCACUGGUGUGAUUCCAAGCAACAUUAGCCGCUGCACCAGCCUCAGGUUGAUGACAAUCACCAACAACAAGGGAUUACAAGGAAGCAUACCUUCUGAGAUCGGCAACAUGCAGUCACUACAUGUUCUACAGCUGUACAACAACAGCCUCACUGGGAAUAUCCCGUCAUCGCUCGGGAAUCUCUCCCGGCUGGCCAUCUUGUCCCUGGCAGCUAACCAUCUUGAGGGAUCCAUCCCCGAGGGUAUUGGGAACAAUCCACAUCUUGUGUUCCUUCAGCUGGCCAUGAACAACCUCUCAGGUUUGUUUCCUCUUUCGUUGUACAACCAGUCAUCUCUGUACAUGUUUUUUGUGACGGACAACAACCUGCAUGGCCGUCUACCAGCUCAUCUGGGGAGAAGCCUUCCUAGCAUACAACAAUUUGGAUUUGGGAAUAACCGAUUCACUGGAGUUGUGCCUCCAUCACUGACUAAUAUCUCCAGACUCCAGCUUUUUGAUGUUGCAAAUAAUGGAUUCAGUGGGGUUGUCCCUUCAGACUUGGGAAAAUUGCAGUAUCUUAGAUGGUUUAAUCUGGUUGGGAACAUGUUUGAGGCAAACAAUGAACAAGAAUGGCAAUUCUUUACUUCUUUGACAAACUGUAGCAGAUUGCAACUGAUGUCUAUAGAACAAAACAGGAUCUCGGGACACUUGCCAACCUCAUUGUCUAACUUGUCCACAAACAUCCAAGAGCUAAAUAUCUUUGCCAACAAUAUAUCUGGUACCAUCCCAUCGGAUAUCGGAAACUUGAUAGGUCUGGAGGUGCUUGUUCUUGGCCGCAACUUACUCACUGGGAUAAUUCCUGAGAGCAUAGGGAAGCUUAUACACUUGAAGGAGCUAUACCUGGGCUACAACAACUUAUCAGGAUUUAUCCCGUCCACCAUCGGAAACCUCACUGGUCUGUCUAAGUUUGGUGCAAGCAUCAACGGCUUGGAGGGUCCAGUUCCGUCAAGCAUCGGAAAAUUGACCAAACUUUCACAGCUAGGUCUAUCAAGAAACCAUCUUAAUGGCUCAAUUCCAAGUGAAAUUAUGCAACUACCAUCAAUGUCAAUAUAUUUGGCUUUGUCUUACAACUUGCUGGAGGGACCUCUUCCUUCAGAGGUUGGUAAUUUGGUAAAUCUCGGGCAGCUUCUUCUAUCCGGGAACAGACUGUCUGGUAAAAUACCUGCAACCAUUGGUGGCUGUGUAGUCCUGGAAACCCUCUUGAUGGAUGGCAAUUCAUUCGAAGGAAACAUCCCUCCCAGUUUGAAAAACAUCAAAGGGCUUACCAUACUGAAUUUGACAAACAACAAACUGAACGGCAGCAUCCCACACGACCUGAGCAAGAUUACAAGCUUGCAGGAACUGUAUCUUGCACAUAAUGAUCUAUCAGGGCCAAUCCCUGAACUCCUAGGUAAUUCAACGUCGUUGUUCCACCUCGACAUAUCCUUCAACAAUUUACGAGGUGAAGUACCAAAACAAGGGAUUUUCGGGAAUUUAACUGGACUAUCAAUUGUUGGAAAUAAUGAGUUAUGUGGUGGAAUACCACAGCUUCAACUGCCAAGAUGCCCAAGCUCCAAGAAAAGCUUGCCAAAGUCCCUGAGAAUAGUUGUCCCUACAGCAGGAGGUAUCCUGGUCUUACUUGCAGCUCUUGCUUUAGCUGUAUUUCUGUACAGAAAAUUUAGGUCAGGGUUGAGGAAAGAACUACUGUCACCUCAGACGAUCAUGAUUGACCUUCCAAUGGUUUCAUACAACGACAUACUCAAAGCAACAGACGGGUUUUCAGAAGCCAAUCUGCUUGGGAAGGGAAGAUAUGGUACUGUAUACAAAGGCACUCUGGAAAAUUUUACUGCGGCUGUGAAGGUGUUUAAUCUGCAGCAAUCUGGAUCCUACAAGAGCUUCCUGGAUGAAUGUAAGGCACUAAGAAGAGUUAGGCACCGUUGCCUUGUAAAGAUCAUCACAUGUUGUUCAAGCAUCAACCACCAAGGCCAAGACUUCAGAGCGCUAGUCUUCGAGCUCAUGCCCAAUUUCAGCUUAGACCGCUGGAUCCACCCAGAUAUUGAAAGCCAAAACAGAAUGGGAACACUCAGCCUGUCACAGAGGUUAGAUAUCGCCGUUGACCUCGUGGAUGCUAUAGACUAUCUUCACAAUGGUUGCCAACCUUCCAUCAUCCAUUGCGAUCUCAAGCCAAGCAACAUUCUUCUCACAGAGGACAUGAGGGCUCGUGUUGGGGAUUUUGGCAUUGCUAGAAUUCUAAAAGAAGCUGCAAGCGAAGCCUCUGCAAGUUCCCUUAGCUCCAUGGGAAUAAGAGGAUCCAUCGGAUAUGUUGCUCCAGAAUAUGGAGAAGGGCUUCCGGUAUCUACUUAUGGUGAUGCGUACAGCCUCGGGAUCACCUUGAUCGAGAUGUUUACUGGAAGGUGUCCGACAGACGACAUGUUCAGAGAUGGGCUAACCCUGCAACGCUUUGCAGAGGCAGCAGGUCUUCCUGGGAAUGUCAUGGUGAUAGCAGACUCCAACAUCUGGCUGCAUGAUGAAGCAAACAAUAGCGCUGAUGCAGAACAUAUAACCAGAGCCAGGGAAUGUUUGGCUGCCAUCAUCCAGCUUGGCAUCCUAUGCUCAAAGCAAUUGCCCAGAGAAAGGAUGUCAACAAGUGAUGCUGCUGCAGAGAUGCAUGCUAUCAGAGAUGCCUACAUCAGUAAUCAGAGAUGAAUUGCUGUCAAAUCAUAUAAACAAACCACUACCACAUGCCGAUUGGGUCCUCUGAAUUUAUUCUUGAAUCUGCAGUAUAUUGUGAUGUAAAUUAUCAGCUGGUACUGUAUUGUUCACUCCAUAUGCAUUAACAUUUGUGACAACAUUUCGUGUGGCCAUGGGUGUAAAUAAGACACAUAUGUUCUCCAUCAGUUUAUUCAGUCAACCCUUACCUGAA